AUGCUCGACUAUCUCAAAAGCUACUGGACACUUCGUUGGACACAACAACGUCAGUUCCACCCUAUUCCUUCCAACAUCACCCGCCACUUUGUCAAGACUGCGGCAGGCGACAUCGAGCUCCUAGUCGCUGAGCCGACUCGAAGAUCACCAGAAGCUGCCCCAAUAUUCUUCGUCCACGGUGGGAAUGGCCACGCAACCGUCUGGUUGGAAUGGAUGACACACUUAGCAGAGACGUAUGGCGCGAGAACCUACGCAUACUCGCUACGAAACCAUGGGGCGUCCUUCUCGGUAUCAUACUUUCGCAUGGUAUGGCUGACAAGCUUGGACGAUCUGGCUUCGGACCUAUCAAAUGCAGUACUCGAAGCGACAAGCCGAGAAGGCCAGGCCCCAAUCAUCGUCGCCCACUCAUCCGGUGGCGGGCUCAGCCAAUACAUCCUCAGCAAGGGCACGGUCAAAGCCAGAGCAUUGGCCCUGGUGGGCGCUGUGCCGCAUUUUGGCAACGUUCACGUCUACUUCAACUGGUUCACGAGGAUAGAUAGGUGGUUCAUGCUGCGUAACUUUGCGCAUUUCUGUCAUCCUAACAGCGGUCUGAAUACCGAUCGACUGGUGUAUAACGCGUUCUUUGGCCACGAGUAUCCUCUGAGUGAGGUAACAGAGUUUCGAAAAUGGAUGGCCAACUACGAAUGCAUGUGGUGGCCAUACAGUAUGGGUGGUAGUGGGUUUUCGAUCAAGACGCGAAAGUGGCUCUCACCAGUCGCCAUCCUGCGAAAUAUCGUGAAGUGGACUGGGGCAGAAGAUAAGGUCCUUGUCAUGAUUGGCACAGAAGAUCUCAUGAUGGGAGGCACGGAGCGGAGAAUGGUACAAGAGUUUCAGGAAGGCGUCCGGACGUUGCAGUCCGAAAAGAAGCUUGACAUUGAUGUUGCGAAGGAAAAUCUGGCCAUUGAGAAGGUUGACAAGUACGUUACUGAGGCACGGCAGGGCGGAGUCAGACUCGUCGAGGUGCUCAACGCUGGCCAUCACACACAGAACGAUGUUCAGUGGAAAGAGGCUUGCGAAGCUUUACGGCGCUUUGCCGAGCAAGCAUAA